CUGCCGGGGAAAUUUUUGAAAAUACAAGAAGGGCAGAUUGAGUAAACACUGUAACUCUUUGAGCUGUCAGUGUGCUGGAUUAACUAUACUUUACGGCUUUUCUCAUAUUUGACCUAUUUAGCUCUUUAUAUUUAUAACGUGUUUUAAUCUUUUAGGUAGAAAUGGGGGAAGUGAAAAGUGAAGAACAUGUAAACCUCGGUUUGGAGGAAAUGGAGUCUGAAUCCAAACCAAAGAGAAACGCUAAAGAGUUAUUUCCUAAUGAAGAAGUUCUCCAUGAUGAUGGUGAUGAGGAUGAAGAUGACAACGAUGUCGACAAUGAUGAUGACGAUGACAGUGGUACAGAUCACCUCUCCAUCGGUCCUCAGUCCUGCAUUCACCUGCAGCCGGCUGAGCCGACAGGAAGAGGAGGAUUACCUGUUGUGUUCCAGACCAAUCACCUGGUGUUCUAUGAGAGGUUUAAAGCUUAUCAGGACUACAUGCUCGGUGACUGUAAGCCGUCAGAGGUGAAGGCUUUUACUGCUGAUUAUCUGGAGAAGGUGGUGGAGCCGUGUGACUGGAGGGCACUGUGGCAAACUGAUGUGUUUGAUGUGUUGGUGGUGGUAUUAGAUGUGGACUAUAAGGAUAUGAAAGCAAAGGUGGAUGUGGUCGUCCCGCUGCAGUGUGAGGCUCGAGGCUGUGAGCUCUGUGAGGAAUCCAUGAGAUCUUUACUGGAGGCCACUAUGAACAAAGUUCCACUACAGGAGCUCAGUGUGGUGUACGACCCAUCUGGAGACUUUGACCAAACAGCACUCGCUCUGGAACACCUCAGGUUUUUUUACAAACAAAUCUGGCGGAAGUGGGACGAGGAAGACGAGGAUGAUGAGUUUGAUUACUUUGUUCGCUGUGUGGAACCUCGGCUUCGACUAUAUUAUGACAUUUUGGAGGACCGUGUCCCUGCCGGUUUGGUGGAGGAAUACCACGCACUCCUGCAGCGCUGCAAAGACACCUUUAAUGAAUUUUCCAGCCUGAGGAACGUCCUGAGCAGUGACUCAGAUUCGGAGCUGGACAAUGUGUCCAUGGUAGAGGGACUGCGGAUGUACGAGCAAAUGGAGACUCUGAAACGCAGACUGCGUAUCAUUGAGAACCCACUGCUCAGGUACGUGCUGGGUUACAGGAUGAACUGUGGUCAGCAGUCAUGUCAGCCUAAAGGCGAGCGUCCUGAUGGAGGUCAUGUGGUCCACCUCGUCUCUUCUUCCAUCAAUGUUCAAUCUCUCCAAAGCCUCAUGGUAGAUAAGCUUCUCCCCCUGUACUCAGGGAAAGAAUUUGAACUGCAGUUCCAUACUGAACCAGCAUCAGCCGUGAGUGCGUGUUAUGAAGCAGAUGUGGUCAUCGUGUGUCCUGGUCAUUACAUCAUCACCAACAGCAUCAGCAUUGCCGACUCCAUCCAGCUUGAGGGUUACGGUUUGCCUGAUGAGAUAGUUAUAGAGAAGAGGAAUAAAGGAGACACGUUUGUGGAGUCGAUUGGCUGUACUGUGAAAAUCUCCAACCUGAAGUUUAUUCAACACGAUGCCAUCGAGGGAAUUCUCUGUGUGAGACAGGGGAGGUUGGAGAUGGAGAACUGUGUGUUGCAGUGUGAAACUACAGGUGUGAUUGUCCGCACAUCUGCUCAGCUCAUCAUGAACAUGUGUGACCUUUAUGGCUCCAAGGGAGCUGGUGUAGAGAUUUACCCGGGGAGUGUGUGCAGUUUGGUGGGAAACGGUAUCCACCACUGUAAGGAGGGAGUUCUAAUAAAGGAUUUUGCAGAUGAUUUAGACGUUCCUCCUCAGAUCACGAUGGUGAAUAAUGUGAUCCACAAUAACGCAGGUUAUGGAGUUAUUUUAGUAAAACCUGAAGACCGGACAGCUGUUGCAGAAGCUGAAAAGGCAGAGGAACAAUCAGGAGGUGGGGUCACAGCAGCAGAGGAGGGAGUCACACCGAAAGGACACAACACAACAUUAGCAGAGGGUGGAGCUAUGCAAACAGAAAGCAAGGACACAACACAAGAGAAUGAAAAAACACAAUCAGCAGGUGGGGCCACACUAGAACAGGUUGCUGUAAUACAAUUAGAAGUUGGGGCUGUGAAAACAGAAGGUGAGUUAGAGCCAGCAUGUGAAGCUCCUGUCUCAGAAGAACAUCCAACUAAAGUUCAACACAACACCGUUCCAGAAUUCACUGCAGGAAAUGAUGCCAUCAAGCGUGAGCUCCUGGCCACGUCUGUGACGAAGCAUCAGUCUCAGAGGAACCGUAUGCAGGAUGUAGGGGCCAUGAGAGCCGACGACAACCUGCUGAGUCAGGAGAUGUUUGUCUCCAUAGAGGGGAAUCAGUUCCGGCGUAACGGCUUGGGCAGCUUUGGCACAUUUCUGUACUGAGAAUUCAGGGACAAUUUUCACCCACACCCAGCCUUUUUAUCCCACAAAGUCUUCACUCUCUUCCUGGAGUCCUUUGAGUCUGUUAACAAGACCUCAUUAAUACUGCUCUCUUCAAACUUUUAUUUAAUCUGAAACAGAGCUAGUGAGGUGGCCGUUUUCACUUUAUCAGUUUAAAUGAACAUUAGAAAGUGAUUAAUUAAAUAAAGUGUGACUGUGAUGUGACAUUUAAUUGUUUUUAUUUUAUACAUAGGAUUCUAAACUGAUUUUGCUUAAUGUUUUAUUUUAAUAUUUAGGAUUCACAAAGUGUCACUGUUUGGUGAGGAAUUUGUGUUUUAUUUCGAUUGUGUUAAGGUGAUGAGGCACUAAUAAUUUUAAUAGUUUUCAGUUUUAAUGUUCAUCACACUGUGCACAUCAGCACUCUGGCGGGGGGAGGCUUUUCAGUUUCUUGGCUUAGCGCUUCACCUUGUAUGAGACACGUCGCUGUUUAAUUCCUGUUGAUUAAUUUUCAGUGGAUUAAAGGUCUGCUAAAACCUCA